UCUCCUCCUCUGAUUGGUUAGUUGUACGAGCCCCACAAACUCGUAGCCAAUUGUAGCGCAGGAUGUGGGCGUUGCUUGUCGGAAAUAUGGGCGGGAAAAAUAGCACCUAGCAUUAGCUCGGUUAAAGCAGGUAAAGUGAGCUGUGUAGAAAUGGACUGUAUGAACGCUAAAUACGUGUCACAGAAGAUUAGUAAAACAAGAUGGAGGCCCGUCUCAGCAGCUUCGUUACAGCAGCCGGAUGUGUUCGCUACAGGCUCGUGGGACAAUGAGAAUAAUAAGCUUUGUCUGUGGGGUGUGGGAGAGAAUGCAGGCUGCCCCAUGGAGGAUGAACUGGAGGGUGAUCCUCAGCUGCUGUGUGAAUGUGAACACAGCGGUGAUGUGCUGGACCUCCAGUUCUUAGAUCAAGACAGACUGGUUACAGCAUCGUCGACUGGAUCGGUGACUGUCUACAAAGUCCAUCCAGCAAACCAGACUUUAUCUGUGGCUCACGUGUGGGAUCAGGCACAUCAUUACGAGCGUGCUAACGCUCCAUGCACUGGAGUGGCGUGUAACAGUCCUGAGCUGGUUUCUGUUGGUGAGGACGGGAGAGUCGUCCUCUACAAAGCCGAUCAGAGGGGCGUUGUGCGCGUCAUUGAAAAUGCAGACAGCAGCACAAUCCAUGGUGUGACGUUCCUGCGUACGACUGAGGUGCUGACGGUGAACUCCAUUGGACAGCUGAAACUCUGGGACUUCAGGCAGCAGGGCAACGAACCUGCACAGAUCCUUGCAAUCACCGGAGACAGGGUUCCCUUGCACUGUGUGGGCCGACACCCAAACCAGCAGCAUAUAGUGGCUACCGGAGGCCAGGACGGCAUGCUGUGUAUUUGGGAUGUGCGUCAGGGCAACAUGCCCUUCUCUCUCAUGGAGGCACACUCUGCUGAGAUGUGGGAGGUGCAUUUUCACCCGACAAACCCAGACCACUUGUUCACCUGCUCAGAAGACGGCUCUCUGCUCCACUGGGAGACGUCUUCUGGGUCUGAUGCCCCCUUGUUCCUACAGGGACGUAACAGCAGCACGAUGUCACGCAGUGCCACGGCUCCUGCGGCCGCAAACCAGUCCCUCAUCAGCGCUUGGCUCAAUGGAGAUUCCAGCAAAGGAAGACUGGAGACAACACACAUGCUCCCGAGCCAUACGCUCUCUGUCAACAGUCUGGAUGUUCUCGGACAGUGUUUAGUGUGCGGGACGGACGGCGAGGCCGUCUACGUCCACAAACGGGUCCGAGUGUGACUUUCGGAUUCAAUCGUUUAACUUUUGUCGUGAAUUAUUGUUUAUUGUGAUGUGCAUUUGGAUUAAAAACGUAUUAAAUAAA